GACAAGCAGGAGAGACGUAAAGCGUUGUGUUUUGGACUGGAGGAGGUCAUUAGAAAGUGAGGAGUGAGCAGGCUACGGGCCGGUUAUCGAGGCGUAGAGACCACACAUUCGGUGCCAGCGUAUCUCUGAUGCCGGUGUAAGACAAAUCCAUUAUUUAACAGCUCUGUGUAGUGUUUCAACCGCUGCGAAAUGCUUCGUCUUAUCCUGCGGCUCAGGCCGUCCGCCGGGCUCCGCUGUCCCCGUGCCCUCCCUGCUGGGCCUGUUGCACUCGGCUCCCGCUCCGUGUCCGGAACCGGCUGUCUGAGGAGACUUCACUGUGUAGCGGGGUCCCGGACCGUAUCUUUGGGCUCCGGCCUCAGCCACAGAGGGACUCUGCUGCGGUGUCCCCAGCUGACAGGAAGCUGUCAGGGCGUGCGUUUCUACAGCCUGCCGCCGCACCAGAAGGUGGAGCUUCCUGCGCUGUCGCCCACCAUGCAGACAGGAACGAUUGCUCGCUGGGAGAAGAAGGAGGGAGACAAAAUCAGUGAGGGUGAUCUUAUAGCUGAGGUGGAGACUGACAAGGCCACUGUUGGCUUUGAGAUGCUAGAGGAGUGCUAUCUUGCAAAGAUCCUGGUUCCUGAGGGAACCAGAGAUGUCGCCGUCGGGGCAGUAAUCUGCAUCACGGUUGACAGCCUCGACCUCAUCCCAGCCUUUAAGGAUGUAACGCUGGACUCGAUUAAAGCAGCUGGUGCUGGUCCCUCGCCGGCUGCCUCUGCUCCUCCUCCUCCCCCUGCUCCUGCUGCCACUGCUCCUCCUGCAGCUCCGGGCAGCUCUUACCCCACACACUUGAAGAUCACACUUCCUGCCCUGUCCCCCACCAUGACGAUGGGAACGGUGCAGCGCUGGGAGAAGAAGGUGGGAGAGAAGCUGAGUGAAGGAGACCUGCUGGCUGAGAUAGAGACUGACAAGGCGACCAUCGGCUUUGAGGUGCAGGAGGAGGGGUACUUGGCCAAAAUCAUGGUGCCAGAAGGAACACGGGAUGUUCCCUUGGGAACACCACUCUGCAUCAUUGUAGAGAAUGAAAGUGACAUUGCUGCCUUCAAGGAUUACGUAGAGACUGGAGUGGCAGACGUUUCCACCCCACCUCCACCUCCACCUCCAGCUCCAGCACCGGCUGCAGCUCCGGCAGCUGCAGCACCCAGUGCUGCUCCUGCAGCACCUGCAGCACCCAGGAAGGGUCGCAUUUUUGCCAGCCCUCUCGCCAAGAAACUUGCAGCUGAGAAAGGAAUUGACCUGGCGCAGGUCAGCGGCUCCGGUCCGGAUGGACGCAUCACCAGGAAAGAUAUUGACAGCUUUGUUCCACCAAAGGCUGCACCUGCUGUAGCUGCUGCUCCCACUUCAGCUGCAGCUCCAGCUGCUCCUGCACCUGCUGCAGCUCCAGGUGCACCAGCCGGGACCUUCACCGACAUCCCCAUCAGCAACAUCCGCAAGGUGAUCGCUCAGAGGUUGAUGCAGUCCAAGCAGACCAUCCCCCACUAUUAUCUGUCUGUAGAUGUUAACAUGGACCAAGUGCUGGAGCUUCGGAAAGAACUCAAUGCUGAAGUGAAAGCCCAGAAUAUCAAGCUCAGUGUGAACGACUUCAUUAUCAAAGCCAGCGCUCUGGCUUGCCUCAAGGUUCCUGAAUGCAACUCAUCCUGGAUGGACACGGUCAUCCGCCAGAAUCAUGUGGUGGAUGUGAGCGUAGCAGUGAGCACAGCCAGCGGCCUCAUCACGCCCAUAGUCUUUAAUGCCCACACCAAAGGACUGGCAGCCAUUAGCUCCGACGUAUCGGCUCUCGCUGCCAAAGCGAGAGAAGGCAAACUGCAGCCACAUGAGUUCCAGGGAGGUACGUUCACAAUCUCUAAUUUGGGGAUGUUUGGCGUCAAGAACUUCUCAGCCAUAAUCAACCCUCCUCAGUCCUGUAUCCUCGCCGUCGGAGGCUCAGAGAAACGGCUGAUGCCUGCUGAUAACGAGAAAGGGUUUGACGUAGCGAGCAUGAUGUCAGUGACGCUGAGCUGCGACCAUCGGGUGGUGGAUGGGGCAGUCGGUGCACAGUGGCUCGCCGAGUUCCGCAAGUUCCUCGAGAAACCUGUCACCAUGCUGUUGUGAUUGGACUGUACUGCUGUUUAAAACUGCAGCAAUAGGCUGAGGCCCCUCACUGAAGAGAUCUGAUUGGUCUAAGCCCGCAUGGAUCCUCCUGUGAGUGGCCAGCCUGCCACCAGGUCACUCCCAGUUACCCUGAAGGGGUUGAGGCAGAGCUCACUCCGCUUACCCGUCUGUCUCCCUGUUUAUCUUCUCUCUCUCUCUCUCUCUCUCUCUCUCUCUCUCUCAGUCAUCUUCUAUUUAUUAAGGGCCCCAUCUCUGGAGAGACCUGAAUUAGGUAUAAUUUAUCCUAGAAUAGAAACAUACAUCACUAAAACAUUGACCAUGUUUUACAAACGGAAGUGUUACUUGUCCAGCCAGCGGGCAUAUUUAUCCCAAAGCUUCUGUAUGUAUGCGUGUGUGUGUGUGUGUGUGUGUGUGUGUGUGUGUGUGUUACUACCCACUUUCAUCUGUGAUUCUGUGUAAAAGCGAUAAAGAAAAGUGGGAGUGUGACUAUCUGUGGGCCUUGUCAGUUAAAGGGUUAUGAUUUUUGUCUGCUUGCAGAAGUAAACUUUGAGACACACUGAGCCCACAUAUACACACACACACACACACACUUACACACAAACCUGACACUGUUCUGUGGCCACACACACACAAUUGAAAUAUUUAGUGUGUUAAAUGUGUAUGUUCCUCACUGUGGGACAAACACAGUGCUGUAUAUAUAUGGGUGUGGUAGUAAGCUCUGAUGAAGCCUCACCUUGUAAUUCAAUAUCUGUACAGUCCUGAAUGAUAACAAAUACUCUUAGAGGAAGUACUCCACGGUUUUGCCAAUUCUCUCUCUUCAGUUUUAUUUUCUAGUCUCAGAGUAAAACACGUUGAAAUAUUCUGUUUUACAGCUGGAACGCACAAAGCUGGUGCUGAUGUUAUUUGUUGUUUCAAUAAAUCGGGAGAAGUCAA